AUGCAAUUGGGCCAGCUACCUACAGCUCCUCCCUUGGGCCAUUUCAGGUCUGGACCAUCUCCGGUAUGGCCCAAAAGCCCAGCUAUCGGCCGCAACGAAGAUGGUAGUGGUGGUGCAACAGGAAGAUCAAGAAGUAGAAUAAGGGAUAUUAUUAAUAACAAUGAGAUGAAACAAGGGUUUGAUACUAGUAAUAAUAAUAGGAAUAUAGGAAGAGGUUAUAUAGGAGGAGAGAGAAAGAUAGAAGGUAGAGUGGUAAUGGCGGUGAAGCCUAAUGGAAGUGAGACUACUGCUAUGAUCAGGAACAUUCCUAAUCAAUAUACGCGUGAAAUGUUGAUCAAGUUUUUGGAUGAAUUCUGCCGCAUUGAGAACCAAAGAUUGCGCCCUAAUCAUAAUCGUCAACCUCUUGCAUAUGAUUUCCUCUACUUGCCUAUUGAUUUCGUGAGUGGUGCUAACAAAGGGUAUGCCUUUGUCAAUUUUACCCAUGCGAUCGCGGUGUGGAAGCUACACCUUGCUUGUAGUAAUCAACCCUGGAGUCAUUGCAAAUCUCCUAAGAUUUGUAAAAUCAAUUAUGCCUCCAUUCAGGGCAAGGAAAGGCUAGAGGAACAUUUUGGUAGAAGUAGGUUCAUCUGUAACCAUGACGAUUAUUUACCAGUUUGCUUUAGCCCUCCUAGAGAUGGUUCUGGUGCUUCAGUGGCCGAAACUACAAUUGGCACCCGUAUCUCCUCCUCAUCCCAUCCCAAAAACUAA